AUGCCAGAAGGACCAUCUGUGAGGAAGUUCCACCACUUGGUCUCCCCCUUUGUGGGGCAGCAGGUGGUCAAGACAGGGGGCAGCAGUAAGAAGCUAAACCCUGCCAGCUUUCAGUCCCUGUGGCUCCUAGACAACCAGGUCCAUGGAAAGAAAUUAUUCCUUAGAUUUGAUCCAGAUGAAGAACUUGGGUCCCUUGGCAACAACUCACUACCAGAGCCUCUGCAGGAAGGAGAGAAGAGGGAAGAGGCUGAGGACCAAAAGCAGGCCUUGGGGCCCAGCAGCCGGGAAAUCUCCAGCCGGUCCUCUCAGUCCCUGGAGCGUGUUGUUCCCAGUGGAGGCAACGGUUUGGAGUGUUUGCGGGGAGACACUCCCGCAGAAGGUGCUGAGAGGUGGCUGCAGGUCAGCUUUGGUUUAUUUGGCAGCAUUUGGAUGAACGAGUUCUCCAGAGCAAAGAAAGCAAACAAGAGGGGUGACUGGAGGGACCCCAUUCCAAGCAACCUUAAAGGGAACAUCAUUAAGAACGAAGCCUUGUACAGAGCUGGGAUCCAUCCCCUUUCUCUUGGUUCCCUCCUCAGUCCUCCGCAUCUGGAGGCCCUGGUGGAUCACGUGGUGGAGUUCAGUGCCGACUGGCUUCAGGGCAAGUUCCAGGGCAAACAGCAGCACACGCAGGUCUACCAGAAGGAGCAGUGCCCCGUCGGGCACCAGGUUAUGAAAGAGGCAUUUGGGCCUCCAGGCGGCUUCCAGAGGCUCACCUGGUGGUGCCCGCAGUGCCAGCCCAGGCUGCCACCUGACGAGCAAGAGCAGGGCCGGCUCUCCUAAGGCUCUCUAGCCCCUUCUUCAUAACACUUUGCCCUGCAGGGGCUGAUUCCUGAGUGUCAGGAAAGCGGGCACUGUCAGUAUGUGGGACUGGGCACAGGAAGUGGAGGGCAGCGUGGGUCGGGGGCGGGGGGGCGAGUGUCAGUACCAUUGCUGUCCAUCUCUCUGGUGUUCUAAGGCACUUUCUACAGGGUUAGAUUUUUUUCUUUUCUCUAGUUUUGGUUAAUUCUUCUUAUCUAAUUCUGCCAUUGUGAAAGAUGAGAAAAAUUAUGACAAUGGUAAAGGGAGAAACCUCCCAAUGGGGCAUUGAUAGUGAUAGCAUAUGGAGAACAGCUAUGCCUCCACAUUGCUUUGCAGGCCUUUGGUUUUGUUUUUGAAAGCUUGGUUGGUUUUCAGGCCCUCCAUUUGGAAAAAGGAGUUGUCUCUCUUUGUUCCCCUAGAGGGAUCCAGGGAUGAGGAUGGAGUAGCACAUGAGGGUAGUGACCCACCUGGAUCCCUUCCUGUGGGAUGGAGACCCCGAGAGAAGGGUGGGAGGAAGAGAGGGACCGGGAAUUGGCCACCUUCCUGCCAUGCCCAGUGGGCUUAAGAGAAAAGCUGCUUAUUUCCUCCUUAAGGUGUUGAUAUGUUGAACAGUGCAGGAAUCGAGGAUUGUAGAGACACGUUGUCAGGUUGUUAGCAACAUGUCCAAGAAACGAGGACAGUCACGUGAAAAUAAAGCUCUUUGUUCUUUUC